AUGCCCAAGGCCCUCGACGUCAUCCACAAGCUCGCCGUCUCAGGGCUCGUCACGGCCACUUUAUUUGGCAUCUACACGUGCGUCGACGGCACGCGCCACAUCGUCGCAGCGAGAAAGAAGGAGGCCGCGCGCAUGGCCGCGGCCGGUGAAGCACCGAAACCGCCCCCGAAACACGAGAAGUACUUUUCGUAAAGCAUGAUCGACUCUUUAAAGGCCGCGGGCAUCAACUUCCUGGCCGUCGAUUUCGACAUGACGUUGAUUGACCGCCAUACGGAAGGCAGAUGGUCCGGCACGGCCUCCGAAUUGUUGAGACACGUCCGUCCCGAGAUGCGGCAAUUACUCCGAGAUGCGCUGGACGCCCAAAUGUUCGUGGCCAUUGUUACACUGAGCCCCCAGACGUCUCUCAUCCGCGAGGUCACUCGUUUAUUAUUCCCGAAGGAUUUUCAAUUAAUCAUCAUCCGGGGCAACGACGGCAACUGGUUCUACGGCGGCCAGGGGUCUUCGAGAGGCAAGCAGCCCCACAUCGCGUCGGCCGUCGAGGAACUAAGUCACGCGCACGCGGCGCAGAUUUCGCGGCGGAGCACUUUACUAAUUGACGACGACGCGCAGAAUAUUAAUGAUGCGCUCGUCAACGGCGUCAACGCGAUAUUAUAUGCGCCGCACGACCCGUCGUGCUUGCAGCGCGGCGUCGCGGCGCUCGGCGAGGCCUGA